CUUUUGAGGGGAUAAAAAUGUGCCUUUGAUAUAAACUUCUGUUUAACAGAUUCCCAGAUUAGCUGCGAUUUAUGUAACUAGGGUCGGUGCAGAACUCAAAUUCUGUAGCCCACAAAUGAUUGAGUUGUGACUCAUGACUUUGUUUUGGAGUAAAAAGUGGCACAAAAUAAUCACUUCUUUGCCAAAGAUCUGCCACUAGUUCUUUAUGACAGUUGAGCAAAGAGCCAGGCUGUAGGGGCCAUCACUCUGUUUUCUAGGAAAAGAGGUUGAUAGAGAGAGGAAAGGUGGAGCGCAUGGCGUCUCUCAGAGACAGACUCACUGUCUGAGCUGGCUGACUGGACACAUGAAUCACUUAUCUGCUUCCUUUGGUGUCAGACAAAGGAAGGAUGGUUUGGACUGAGUAAGGCUUACUGGGACUGACUAAGGCGUAUUGACGCAUGUGAGUCUACAGGGUAGCUCUGUGUGAUGUUAUCAGCUUGGUGGAAAAAGUCCUGAAAGAGACUCCGCUGUACGGCUGUUUGCACGCACGUGCAGGGGAUGCGAGGGGGUUUUUCCCUAUCACGCGAAUUGCAGGAGAAUGAUGUAGGGCACAGGGAAUGGAGAGGGGGAGAGAGAGAGAGAGGGGGAGAAUGAGAGCGAAUGAGAGAGACUGCAGAAGAAGGAAGGAAGCGGACUGAGGCAGACAGUUUGCUGUCGGUGUAGAAUGUGGAGAGCUACUCUACUUCAGCCUCUGUGCCUCGGAAUUCUGCCUGGAUACCUCGGCCUUGUUUUUCCGCACCGGAAUUGGAUCUGUGACAGAAUGCAGAGGGGAUAUGGCGAGGAUGCUGCGUGUUGUUUUCCACAUGUUGGGAGAGUUGUGUCAGGCAGCGUUGUGGUCCAGUAGCCACAAGAGAGGAGCGCAGUGCAGACUGGGUAGUUGGUGCCCACUGCUGGGGCGUCCAACAUGCCUGAGGCCAACUACCUGCUCUCGGUCUCCUGGGGUUAUAUUAAGUUCAAGAGGAUGUUGAACCGUGAGCUGACACACCUGUCGGAGAUGAGCCGCUCAGGCAACCAGGUGUCCGAGUUCAUCUCCAACACAUUCUUAGACAAACAGAAUGAGCUGGAGAUCCCGUCGCCUACUCCGAAGUCUCGAGAAAGGAAGAGGAGGCAGCCAGGGCAGCAGCAGCAGCAGCUCAUGACUCAGAUCAGCGGGGUGAGGAAGGUCACACAUGGCCCAGGCAUCUCCAGCAGCUGCAGCGUGGCCCGGUUCGGCGUCAAGACGGAUCUGGAAGACCUGCUUGCCAAGGACUUGGAGAACAUUAACAAGUGGGGCUUGAACAUCUUUAGGAUUGCAGAACAUUCCCAUCAACGUCCACUUACCUGCGUCAUGUAUGCCAUCUUCCAGGAAAGAGACUUGAUGAAGACGUUCAGGAUCCCAAUGGACACCUUUGUGACUUACAUGAUGACCCUUGAGGACCACUAUCACUCAGAUGUGGCCUACCACAAUAGUCUGCAUGCUGCUGAUGUCGCACAAUCCACACACAGCCUGCUGUCCACCCCUGCUCUGGAUGCGGUCUUCACAGACCUAGAGAUCCUGGCAGCCAUCUUUGCAGCAGCUAUCCACGAUGUGGACCACCCAGGGGUCUCCAACCAGUUCCUAAUUAAUACCAACUCAGAACUGGCCCUCAUGUACAAUGAUGAAUCCGUUCUUGAGAACCACCACUUGGCUGUUGGCUUCAAGCUCUUGCAAGGGGAGAACUGCGACAUCUUUCAGAACCUUUCAAAGAAGCAGCGGCAGACCCUCAGGAGGAUGGUCAUCGACAUGGUGCUAGCGACAGACAUGUCCAAACACAUGAGCUUGCUGGCGGACCUAAAGACAAUGGUGGAGACCAAGAAAGUGACCAGUUCGGGAGUGUUGUUGCUGGACAACUACACGGACAGGAUACAAGUUCUGCGUAACAUGGUCCACUGUGCCGACCUUAGCAACCCCACUAAGCCUUUGGAUCUCUACCGGCAGUGGACGGACCGCAUCAUGGAUGAGUUCUUCCAUCAGGGUGACCGGGAAAGAGAGCGUGGCAUGGAGAUCAGCCCCAUGUGUGACAAGCACACUGCCUCCGUGGAGAAGUCCCAGGUGGGCUUCAUCGACUACAUUGUGCACCCGCUAUGGGAGACCUGGGCUGACCUGGUGCACCCCGAUGCCCAGGACAUUCUGGACACUCUGGAGGAAAACAGGACCUGGUACCACAGCAUGAUCCCCCAGAGCCCCUCUCCUCCUUUCUUUGAGACCGGGGGCGACGGUGGGGACAAGUUCCAGUUUGAAUUGACUCUGGAAGGUGAUGCAGGGGAGGAUGUGACUCAGCAGGACACAGUCAGUCAAGGUCCUUCUUCACCCGCAGAGACGUAGCAGGCCACUGUGACCACGCCGUAUUCGCCUAUACCAUGAAACGGAGAUGACUCCUUCUGCUUAAGAAGCUGCUCGGGAGCUUGACAGGUCCAGGAAACUGACGUGAGGCGCUCUGCCGCUCUGCUCUUAUUCUUAGAGCUCAAGCGGAAGGUAGUGGUUUGUUUGGACGUGAGCUGAAGUUUGCAGAACUCACCUGCAAAGUUGGACCUGUUCCCUGCAGUUACAGUCACUCGUGGUUUCCACAGUGUUCCUCCAGCGCCUGCUGGAUUGAAAGAAACACAGCCAAACAGAAUUUCGGAUUCUGACACUCGAGUUUGGUGCUGGCAUGAGAUGCCACGAAGGAGAACUACUGACUUACAAAUCGGACGGAUUUACUUUUUUUGUACCGCGGAUUCACUAUACCAGCGUGUAUUUUGUGACUCUCAUAAACACUUGCAUAUAUAUGAAGGACCUGUUUUAUGCUGAAAGCAAAACCGUGGAUUAACCCAAGGUUUCUCAGAGAUAUUUAGAUCAGUCUUCCUUGAUUUGGGGCAAUAGAACUGUUUAUCCUCAAGCCUGUACAUUAACCUGAUUCAGAUAUUUCUAAUUCACACGAGACAGUAUUUCGUAUUUUGUAACAUCUGGUACAAUGUAUCUGUUGUAAAUAGGAUCCAAAGAACCCGUGAUGAAAGCACUUUAAUGGCGACACUGAAACCACUUUACUAUGGGCAGAUAAGCUGUCCCAGGGCUGAGCACCCUAUUUAAAAAAAAACCUCAACAUAUAAUGAUUUGGAAUUAUUCUGAAAUGCAGGAGCCCUUUUAUAGUAAUCUAGCAGAAGGGUACCAACCAGAGAGGCUAAUGCAACCUUACACAAGGGAGAAACUAGAGAGGCUACGCAAACAAUUCAGAGAAUAUAAGUGAAAUCUUUCACUGUAACUGGAGCAAACGCUUUAAAAAUAACAGAAUAUUUCCGAGUCAUGCCAACAGCGAGCCUCUCUGUAACAAUCGCUGACGUCAAUGCCUUUUGUUUCUCCGCGUGUUAGCGUAGACUCGCUAACACAGGAUGUGGCGUCUGGCCUACACAGCACUCAGUCUUAAAUCACCGAGUUGAAAUCUAUUAAGGCAGGUAGUUUUUCCCUCGUUCCGUACCAGGUUCCUAUAAGGCCACAUGUGCUGUUAUGUUUGCUGUAGCUCCCACAUCUUAUCGGUACGGCCACAUACAACUCACUGAAAGCGAAAACCGUUGUUUGCUUUUUUCCUGAGAGUAUGUGAGAAGCGAUAGAAUAAUGUUUUAGCCUUUUCUCUCCUUUUUUUUAAACAACAUUAUGUUUAAAACAACUGCUUUGUUUGUGAAUUUGUUUCCUGUUUUCUUUGUAUUGUUAAACGGAAAGCAGGAAGCCGUGAGCACAGUUCACUGAAAGUGACGAGGCUGUUCUGUAGUCAGAACAUUUCCUACGAUGACAAGAAGCUACUUAAGAAAAAAUAAAAAAACUACAAACUCAUACUUUUGUUUUUUUUUUACUUUGUAUCAUUGCGAUGGCGAUGGUCCUGCACACUGUAGUCUGUGAUUUCCCUGGUGGAAUUAACAUUCAUUGCCAUUGUUAUUGUUCAAAUUAUUUUGUGCGGCACAAAAACAACUGACUAAAUUGUCCAACUCAGUGAUGCCGUGAUGUACAUGUGUCACAAAGAACCUAUUAAACCUGUACAUUUUGGAAA